GUCUCGUUAGUGAGAUCCAGAACUGUGUGGUGAAGCGCCGUUCAGUAAAAUCAGCAGCAGAUCCAAUCUUAACGAUGGCGGGCGCUGUGGAGCAAAAUCGUCUUCUUGUAGUCGUGGAGAUCGGCGGCCUUGAGCACCAGUACCAUUUCGUGGAGGUCAACAUCAGAGGUAUGUUCUACCCUGAUUCCGGUUCGGUACCCAACAAAUCAUCGGUGAGGGCUAGGGCUACUGCAACAGCGAGGGCUACGGCGAGGGCUUGUGGGUCGCUGUGCAGCCUUCCGGUCCCCAUGGCCCGUUACAGGACGUCAAUCGACAUGCCCGAGCGCAUAGAUUUCGCCCUCAUCGGCACCAACAUAGCGGGCGUCUCCAGCAACGGCAACACCUUCAUGAUGUCCGACCCGCGAUCCGGCGCACUGUCGGCAGGGCCGGAGCUGCAGAGCUUACGCAGUCGCGCCUAUCUCAUCCCGCUGGGGCACCGUCUGUACGCGCUCAGCCAAUACAUGUACGAUCUGGAUCAGCUGACCUGCCUCGAGACAUUACCCCUCCCUGGGAGACGCCGGCAGGAACCCUGGCAUGCCCUCCCCGACCCUCCGCCUGGCUACCGCUGCUUGGACGCGCCGCGGGUCACGGCCUACCUCGCCGCUGGAACGCGACUGUGGGUCUCGGCAGAGGGGAUGGGCACCUGCACUUUCGACACUAUUCGGCGCGAGUGGCGCAAGGAGGGCGACUCGGAGCUGCCCUUUCAAGGUCGCGGUCUCGUCGUCCCCGAGCUCGGUGGCCUCUGCUUCGGUCUGUGCCCCAAGAAGAACUGCCUGUGUGCCUGCGACAUCCAGCAAUCCCCUCCGGCAGUCCGGUAUAUGUGGGAGGAUACGCGGCCACGGUGUAAUCCGUCCGGCACCCGUUUCUGCUUCUACCCACCAGAAGUAAACUUGAUAUAUAUUGGGAAUGGAAAGUUUUGCAUCUCAUGGAACAUUCGAUUCGGUAACCAGGCGCCCCUGCGCCCUGCCAUCUUGUUGACGGCCCUACAAGUCCUCGCCUCUGCUGUCGGUAAGCUCCGGGUUGUCAACCACAAGGUUCGCUUCUAUCAGAUGCCAAGCCAGGGCAAUGUGGCACAUGCUCUUCAGCCUGACUUUUGAAUUAACAUGGAAGUCGUGCAUCGGCAAAUAUAGGCUGGAAAUUCGUCUUUGUUGUGUGUAUCCAAUUGUAUAAUUAUCUACUCCCUCCGUUUUUAAAUAUAAGUCUUAUUAAAGAUUUUACUAAGAGACUAC